UGGGGCACGAACCCGUGUCCGCUGCAUCGGCUGGCAGACUCUCAACCACUGCGCCACCAGGGAAGCCCAAAUUUACCAUUUUUAAUCGCAGGGCUCAGCGGCAUUAAGCAUUCACACUGUCAUGUAACCGUCACCAGAACUUCCUCAUCUUCCCAAACUGACACUCUGUCCUCAACAAACACUGACUCCCAUCCCCCUCCCCAGCCCCUGGCACCCACCCUCCUUCUUUUUGUCUCUAUGACCUUGGCUCUUCUAAGUCCCUCAUGGAAGUAGCAUCAUAUGUUUUCUUUUUGUGUCUGGCUUUUUUUCACUCAACAUAAUGUCCUCAAGGUUCAUCCACAUUGUAACAUGUGUCAGGAUUUCCUUCCUUUUUAAGGCUGAAUAAUGUUCCUUUGUGUGGAUGGACUACGUUUUGCGUCGGCAUCCAUCCUGUCAGCGGACACCUGUACUGUUCCCGCUUCUCGGCUGCUGUGGACAUUAGUGUACAAGUACCUGUCCCAGCCCUCCUUUCAGUCCUUUUGGGUAUAUACCCAGAAUCAGAAAAUCCUGGAUCACACGGAACCGCCAAGUUGAUUUCCUCGUGUGUCUUCUGAUGGCUGUGCCAGAGGCUCCCUGCAGCGUUGGUCCGUGUCCUCAUGUUGGGUGGUGGAGUGGGUCUUUGUGGCGCUUCGUCGUCAUGCAUCAUUGAGACUAGGUCCUCUCCCCACAGCCGGAAAGGCCCAGACCCAGGGCCGCCGUCCACUUGGACACCGCUGCCCACAAAGCCUGUCCGGGGCCUGGGACCCACACACUCCCCUGCUCCGGCACCUUCGACAUCACACCUGUUUUCACCUGUGUUUGUGAGCUAAGGUCACCCGUGUCAGUAAUGCUCCAGGGUCAGCUGAUUGCAGAGGACUCUUCCAUCUGGGUCUGUGGCCAUCCCUGCCGUGUGUAAGCACUGAUCUACACAGAUCACCUCUGCCCUGAAGGACAGAGUGGGACAUCCUCACUCUGAUGCUGUGGGCGGUGCCGCUCCUGGCUUUGUCCUUUCCAGUCUCACGGGAACCUGUUUUCUGGCCUCCCUAGAAUUAGUUCCUGAAAGAUGAGGCCAGCCCUGCCAGCCCCACCGUGCCUGUGGGGUUCUUGAAGCCUCUCUCCCCUCCUUGGGCUGCAGCCAAUUUAGAGCGUGUGUCCUGUGGGCUAUUCAGCCAAGUGCCCUCGUGGGUGUGGGAAGGGAGGGGAGACAGCCCAGUGUGGCCGGGAGUACAUGUGAACUGCCUCUGCAGAGCAGCUCCAGGCCUGAUGUUGGGCUGGGCCGUGACUGUCAUGGACCCCUCAUCUGCACCCCACCCCCAUGUCACCAGCCCACUGCCCUCCAUAUUGGGGCGCCCAUCCCUCCAGACGUGGCAGCCCUCCCCCAUCAUAUCCCACUGCCAUGUCCCCCCAGACACUGCCCAGCAUGAUCCCCCAGGCGCCCUUGGGUUUGACCUGCCUUCCAGGCUGCAUACCUGCCCACCCACAGGUGCUGCGCCCUCCUGGGGUCACCCCUGGGGGGUCCCGGCCUCUGCACCGCACCCCCCAUCACGCCUGAGGUUGCCCAGCACUUGGAACCUCCAUAUUUUGCCGACACGAUGAAAGUUCCAAAUCAGGGGACCCCGAGUUCAUGGGAUGGGGAUGUCCUGGGUGGGCCUGACCUCAUCGGGGUGGCCUGCAGAGGGACCAGCCCCUCCUCAGGGAGUAAGCUGCUGCCCUUGGAGGGGCCCGUGGCCAGAGCUUGAGGGCAGCCUCCAGGAGGCGAGUGACCUCGGCGCACGGCAGGCGAGACCAGGGCCCCCAGUCACAUGGCUUCAAGAAACUGACCCCUGCAACAGCGGAGACGCCGCCGACCAGCACCUGUGUCACCUCGGGGCUGAGCACCUGGCCGAGAUGAUGGGUGGGCGUUGCUUUAAGCUGCCGCAUUUGUGUAGAUGUUUGGCUGCAUAGAAGACCAGCAUACUCCCGUCAGUAUGGUGCUGUCAUGGCUGUCACGUCACCACCCUCUUUGUCAAAAUGUCAUUUAGACCCACAGGUUGAUGCUUUUACUGGCUCCACCUGGAGGGACUGCUGGGUCAGCUGUUGCCCUUUGGGGUGGCUUCCAUGGAGGUCGUCACUACUGGACACUUCACUGGACCCUGGCCUGUGUACCCGUCACUGCUGCCAAACUCCCCCCGGCGGUGUGCAGACCCCUCCCCUGACUGUGCCCAGACCCACCCCUCAAAUGGUGACAGACCCUUUCCAUGACUGUGCCCAGUGGGACUCGGAAGUGAGGAGUGAGGGGCUUCCUCUCGCUUGGAGCCUCCACGUGGUACCAUCAUGCCCACCAGCAGUUCGGCUAAACAGUGACUGAUGAAAGCAACCCAGCGCUUCAGGCUCCUAGCGAUUAGCAAACAUCUCGCUUCUUGUCUACAAAUGGGCAGUUGGAGUAAGAGGACAGAGGCACUGCUCUUUCGCUUUGUUCUUUUCCCUAAGUUUUCCUUUCUGGAGUCUUCACAAGAAUGGGAACCAGAAGCCACGGCACCGGCCUGGUUCGGGCUCAGCCUCCCGUCCCCUGCAACUGCAGGGGUCAGGCGAGCGGGCAGGCUCAUCCUGGCCGCCAACAGGGACGAGUUCUACCACCGGCCUUCCAGGGCUGCAGACUUCUGGGGGAACAACAACGAGGUCCUCAGCGGGCUGGACAUGGAGGAAGGCAAGGAAGGCGGCACGUGGCUGGGCAUCAACACGCGGGGCAAGCUGGCGGCACUUACCAACUACCUGCAGCCACGGCUGGACCGGGACGCCCGGGGCCGAGGUGAACUCGUGGCUCAGUUUCUGACCUCAGACAUGGAUAGCUUGUCCUACCUGAAGAAGGUCUCCGCAGAGGGCCACCUGUACAACGGCUUCAACCUCAUAGCGGCCGACCUAAGCACAGAGAAGGGAGAUGUUAUUUGCUACUAUGGAAACCGGGGGGAGCGUGAGCCUGUUGCCCUGGCACCAGGGACCUACGGGCUAAGCAACGCGCUGCUGGAGACGCCCUGGAGGAAGCUGUGCUUCGGAAAGCGGCUCUUCCUGGAGGCCGUGGAGCGGGGCCAGGCGCUCCCCAAGGACGCCCUGGCCGCCCAGCUUCUGGACGUGCUCAACAAUGAAGAGGCCUGCCAGACCCAGCCAUUGAGGACCAGGGCAGGGAGUACGUGCAGCCCAUACUUAGCAAGUACGCAGCUGUGUGUGUGCGCUGCCCGGACUACGGCACCAGAACCAACACGGUCAUCCUUGUGGAUGCAGAUGGGCACGUGACCUUCACAGAGCGAAGCAUGCUGGGCACGGACCCCUCUUGCUGGGAGACCAGCACCCACGAGUUCAGGCUGCAGAGCUAACCCCCACCCGGGUGUGGCCGGGGCUCCCGGGAGGCCCUGUCACAGGUACUGCCUGUGACUCAGCCAGCGUCCCCCAGGGCCAGAGCCCUCUGAUGUGUGUGAACUGUUUGCAUCCCCAUGUCAAGCUCGGGGUCCAGCCUUAUGACAGAGGCCCAUGGCCAGGUGUACGGCAGGCCCAGGUGUGCUGUGCCUCCCCCGGCCCAUGCACAGAAGCUCACACAAGGCACACGUGACACCCAUCAUGCAUGCGCACACACGUUACAGGCAGUAGACGUGUACACACGUGCUCAGACACACACACGCUCCAGGCAUGCACCCCCCAUGCGAGCCAGACACGCAGAGCUGUGCCUCUCAACACCCACACGUGCUUCUGGCCAGUGAGUCUUGCUGUGAUCCCGACAACAAGAGUGGAUGUCUGUUUCAAAGCGGCCCCUCCUCUCCUGGGCGUAGCCAGUUCCUGACCACCAGCCCUGCUCCUGGAGAGGACACAGGCCACAUUUGAAUGAGGAAAACCUCCUCCAUAGCAGAGGCACAGGCCGCUGGGUGGGUCCGGUGGUUCUGUGGGUGCCGAGGGGUCCUGUGCCUGGAGCUAUCCUGUGAGGGAGCAUCCAUAUGCAAUGGGCCGCCUCAGCAGGCUCUCAGGCCUCCACCUGUGCAGGGGGAUCAUGGGUUCCGGGCAGGCCCAUCUCAGGGAGGGGACACAGUUGCCCCUGCCAUUUCCCUUCUCCUAGGGAGUUAAACUUCAUAAUAAGACUCUGUACUUAAAUGUGAGACGCUGAUAAUAAAACUCUGAGGCCGUGGUGAGCCAGUGCAUUCCAGGCCCUUGACUCUGUGACAGGAUGACCAGAGCUGCUGUCCGGGAGCCCCCAGGAGCUCCUGGGGCCCAGACCCCGGUGCAGGGCUCUUCCACAUUUCCCUUUUGCUCAUGGCCUCCUGAGCACUGUGACGGAAGCCAGGAGUUCAUCCGGGUGCAGGUGGGAGCCCCGGGGAGCCGUGCACACGGGCUGGACCGUGGAGGCCAGGGGAUGGCAGGAAGGGCUGGGCUUUGGGUAACAGAGCAGGUAGAGUCUGUCCUACCCCAGGGCCCUUGUUUUGGGCAAGCACCUGGAGCUCCUGUCCCCAGCUGGGGCCGGGCAUUCGGGGGUCCUGUGUCCAAUGCUGACACUCAGGCUUCCCUCCGCCUCGGCGGUCGACCCAACUUGGCCUUCUCAGUGCAGUGACUGCUCGGGUGGGCUGUAGACCUUGAUUGGGCCCAACCUGCCUCUCCAUCCCUUCUCCCUUCCUGCUCACCACCCCACAGCCAGGCAUGAAGGGGCUCCCAGUAUGAUGCAGCCUGUGCCCCCCACCCACGUGUCCAGCUGAGCCAUAGCUAGCCAGGCUCCCAGCUCCGGCACUGCCAACACCCUCUGUCUGCUUUAGCAGGCCACCCCGCACCAUGGAAUGGACCAGGUCCCCACACCAGCGCCUGCCCUGGCCAGGCAGGUCUGCCCUCGUGGGGCGCCGCUGGACUGGGUACAAAGCCAUCUGAAGAGCCUUUCAGAUGUUUGCCGCUGCCCCAGGGACGGGCCUGCACAGGAAAAGCUUCCCCACACUUGUCAUGGUCCCCUCUGCCCCUGCCUGCCCUGGGCUCCCUGGCAGCUUGGAGCCCCUGAGGAAGGGGCAGCCCAAGACUUGUUUCUAUUGUUAUGGGCUGAGUUGUGUGCCCUCCAAAAGAUAUGUUGGACCCCAGCAACCAAUACCUCAGAAUGUGAUCUUGUUAGGGUCUUUCCACAGGUAAUCAAUCAAAUGGGAUCGUUAGGGUGGCCCUAAUCCAAUAUGAGUGGUGUCCUUAUAAAAAGGGGGAAACGUGGACACAGGGACAGACAGGCACCCAGGCAGACGUCUGUGAAGACUGGAGCUGGGCUGCCUCACGCCAAGGAACCCCAGAAGCUGGGAGAGAGGCCGGGACACGUCCUCCCCUGGAGCCCUCAGAGGGAGCAGGGCCCUGUGACACCCUGCUCUCAGACGUCCAGCCUCCAGAACUGUGAGAAUAAAUUUCUGUUGUUUAAGCCCC